UUUAUUUUGGAGCUUGAAUAAAAGAGAAUUUCAAAGCUUGAAACAUCUUUGGACUUUGUGAACACUUGUAAUACAAAACAAUUACUGUUUACAAAGUUUACUAGUAAUACAAAUACAAAGUUUACAGAGAACUUUCAUAUCUCUUAAUUCUUGACAAUGACCCUGUGAUACAGGUAGAGAUUAUCACAUGUAAUUUCUUUGGUGAGUAAACCGGCUCGAAGAGCUUAGGUUAUUUACCAAAAUCAAAUAGUAAGUGAUAAAACCAGGAUUUGAGCCCAGGUUUUCUCAGUCUAAAUACAGGAAUCUUUCUAGAUUACUAUGAUUCUCAGUUUUUUUAACUUUUUGGUCAAGGCCAUCAAAAAGAAUAAUUUCCAACUAAUAUUUGUUACCUAAGAGUUGUCCCUUGUUCUGAAUUGUCAAUAUGAAGCUUUUCUUAAGAUUAAACUUUGACUUAGCUAAUAAAAUUUUUGGCUUUUUUUCUCCUACCAUACAAUAAAUUUGGCAAAUAAGUUUCUUAUAAACUUACCAGUAUUUUGCAAAUGCAACUAUGCACAUGUAUUUAAUGGUCAUUUAGGUUUGUUAGCUUUUAUAAAGGCUGAAAAUGUGGUUUAUUUGAGGCUGUAUUGAAAAAAUAUACUUGAGCUUUUCCUAAAGCAUAAAAUAACAUUGAGGGUGAUUCAGCUAACACAAUUAGUCAAGGAUCCUCAAGAGAAAUGUGGUUUAGAUCUUUACAAUAUGCUUUUUUUUUUUUUAAGAGGAUUUUCCCAGAGAUAACAUGAAAUAAAAUAUAAUCUCAUUGCUAUUUGGUAGUAAAUCCUAGCUUCCACAGAUAUUCUGAUGAAUUGCUUUCUACUAGGUUUAUUUGAUUUAAAAAACUGUUCUAAUAUAGAGAAUUUCAUCUGCAGAGAAAAUCUUUUCUUGGUUAAGAGUUCCUCAUAUAGAUAAACAUACUGGGUCUCACAUUUAAUGGCAAAGUAAACAACAAAGUUAUCACACAGCUAUCAUUUAUAUUAAGUGCUUAGUAUGUUCUGGGCACUAUUCUAAGAAAUGUGAAGAUCAAAUUAGUUAAUUAGUUAGUUUAAUCCUCACAUUAGCUCUACCAUGAGUUUACUAUUUCUAUUCCAUUUUAUAGGAAAGGAAGGAGACAAAGUAAGUGAUUUUUCUAUCAAGGAAGGAAAUUUGCAAGAGAGUAGUUUCAAUACAAAAACUAAAUUUGUAUGUAGCUCUGUAUUGAAGUAGGUAGGUAUAGUCAGUCUGGACAUUUUAUGCUUAUACAUCUUAGUCCCUAGGAAAACCCAGAAAACGUGAAUCUAUCAGGUUCAACUGAUAGAUUCAGAAAAGGUGGAAAAAUCAGUGAAUUGUAUGUGAAACACAUUAUUCUUAGUGGACUGCUUGUUAAAGGCAAGGAGAGUGUUAGUAAAGAGCUUAGCUAGAUUAGAAUAAAGAAAUUGUCUCUCUCCAUCUGUUCUAAUUAGCUUAUCUCACCAGCUUUUAUAGCAUGCUGGUUAUUUCAGAAAAGAAGUGAGAGCUACUUUGAAAGGACAACCAUUUUUCUUUACGCUAAUUUAUAAUGGUUUUGAAGUGGUUGUUCAUUCUCAAACAUAGACUUUUAAAUGUUAGGUCUUUCCUAUAACUCGUUGUUAUUGGAAGUUUCAAGGAUUUGGACGCUCAGUUAAGGAUUUUGUCCUCUCCUCAUUCCUUUGGUUUUGGCCCAAAUGAUUAUGUUUCCUCUUUUUGGGAAGAUUUCUCUGGGUAUUUUGAUAUUUGUCCUGAUAGGAGACUUUCCAUCGUUAACAGGUAUUUAAAAAUCUGCAUUUGUUUUUAUCUUUCCAUGUCUGUAGUAUAUGCUCUUCAAAAAUAACAUUAUUUGAUGUGAUUGCUGCAAGAAAUUGAAUCAAAUACUACUUUAUUAAUCUUUGAUAUUGCUUCAUUUAAGCCGUUUUAAAAUAUCUCCAAUAAUUUUGGUUUUCCCUCCUCAUUAGUAAUUUCCGGUUUAGACCUUUUUUUAUUUUGUUGAAAUUGGAUGUGUAUUUACUUGAUUUUGAUAACAAUCUUGAAUGAAAGGAGUGGGAGUUAAAUGGAAAAAGAUCGAAUGCUUCACUCCUCUUUUCCUCAGAUACGCCUGCCUGCCUAUGAUUUGGGCAUUGGCUUCUAUAUCUUAAUGUAGCACAAGCGUCAGUUUUUCUUUAGUUGUUACCUUUUGUACUGUAUCUUCAUCAUCAGAAGACUUGACUAUACUUUCAUUCUGUAGCACAAACCUACUUAUCUUUAGAGGAGAUCCAAGAACCCAAGAGUGCAGUUUCUUUUCUCCUGCCUGAAGAAUCAACAGACCUUUCUCUAGCUACCAAAAAGAAACAGCCUCUGGACCUCAGAGAAACUGAAAGACAGUGGUUACUCAGAAGGCGGAGAUCUAUUCUGUUUCCUAAUGGAGUAAAAAUCUGCCCAGAUGAAAGUGUUACAGAGGCUGUGGCAAAUCAUGUGAAGUAUUUUAAAGUCCGAGGUAAGCAAACAUCCAAAUCCUUCAGCUCCAUAAUGAAAUUCAAACAUAGUUUAAUCGUUUAUUAGGUAACAUUGUAAAUUAAAGUUUAUGAUAAUUUAGACAAGACUGAGCCAAAACUACCUUUCUACGGCUAAGAAUAUAGUGCUAAUGUAACUUCAGAGAACAGUUUACAUUAAGAGAGGAGGUAUGUUUUUUUCCAGUGCCCUCCAACUAAGGCAAUAGUAACAUUUAAUAGUGACAUGCACUUAACCAAAGGAAGAACGUUCAUGAUUUGAGUUUGUAGCUUUUGGUGCGUUAUGUAAGAAACUUUUUUCACAUGAGGGCAGUCGCAAUAAGAUGUCUUUCAUUAAUUUCAAUAACGUACUCAGAAAGGAAAUGUCUUAAAUCUUUUUAAGCACUUCAGAAAUACCAGUUUAUGUUUUGGACUACAUUAAUUUUAGUUUUUACUUCUUCUUUACAGUAAAUGCCUAAGUACACUCACAAAAUAGCUCUACCAAAGUAUACUCACAUGCUUGCCUAUUUAUUGAUAGUUAUUAUAUAUACAAAUAUAAUCAGUUUCUAUAUUUUAUAGUUUAGAUAUUCUACAGAUUCACACAGGUUGCUCUCUAGUUGGUACACAUACAACUUUUUACAUCUAAAGUGAUGGCAUUUCUGAAACUCACAUUUUAUUUUGUCUUUAAUUAAACAGUAUUCUUGAUCUCAUACUUUUUAUGUAAGUCAAUUCUGUUUCUCAUAUAUUUACUAACAUUGCUUAAUUGACCUUAGUAUGUUCCUUAGACAUUUGAAGGAUUCCCAAACUUUGCUUUUUACUGCUCAAGAGCCAAUAAAAAGCCAUAAUAUGGAUGUGAUGUUAGUAAACAAGGUGGAGAUAGAUGAUGAAGUGAUUGUAAAAUUAGGCUUUUAAAUUCAUGCAUUUAUUCAUUAAUUCAUUCAACAAAUGUUCAUUGAACCUGAAUUUUCCAGGUACUGGAUUAUAUGAACCUUCUGUCUGAGCUGCUACUUUAUCUUCUUUAUUUUCCUCUUCCUGUCCUUCCCUUCUUCCCUUCUCAUCAAAGUUUUAAAAACACAAUAAAAAUUUAAUAUAAUACCAGCUAUUACACAUAUUUAUAUAUUUGAUAUUUUUGUUUGUUAAAGUAGUACAAUGUAUUAUAUUGGCAGCUCUUUUUUAUGAGUGUAUUUCUAUUUCUUGAUUGUAUUUGGGAGCUAUCAAACAUUACUGUGCAAUAAGCUUUCCUUUUGCUUUUUAAAGGGAGAUCCAUAGACCUGGCAUUUUGAAUAUAAGCCAUAUGCCAGAAAUGGAAAAUUCCAAAGACAGUGGGAAGAGAAUAAAGGAACUGAAGUGUGUCAGGAAGCUGUCUGGGAAGCCUUCAGGACUUUUUGGGAUCGACUUCCUGGGCGUGAGGAAUAUCAUUACUGGAUGAAUUUGUGUGAGGAUGGAGUCACAAGUAUAUUUGAAAUGGGCACAAAUUUUAGUGAAUCUGUGGAACAUAGAAGCUUAAUCAUGAAGAAACUGACUUAUGCAAAGGAAACUGUAAGCAGCCCUGAACUGUCUUCUCCAGUUCCUCUUGGUGAUACUUCAACAUUGGGAGACGCUGCUCUCAGUGUUCCACAUCCAGGGGUGGACUCCUAUGAAGGUGCCUCAGACAGCAGCUUGGAAAGGCCAGAGGAGAGUGUUAGCAAUGAAAUUGAGAAUGUGAUAGAAGAAGCCACAAAACCAGCAGCUGAACAGAUUGCAGAAUUCAGUAUCCACCUUUUGGGGAAGGAGUACAGGGAAGAACUACAGGAUUCCUCCAGCUUUCACCACCAGCACCUUGAAGAAGAAUUUAUUUCAGAGGUUGAAAAUGCAUUUACUGGAUUACCAGGCUACAAGGAAAUUCGUGUACUUGAAUUUAGGUCCCCCAAGGAAAAUGACAGUGGCGUAGAUGUUUACUAUGCAGUUACCUUCAACGGUGAGGCCAUUAGCAAUACCACCUGGGACCUCAUCAGCCUUCACUCCAACAAGGUGGAAAACCAUGGCCUUGUGGAACUGGACGAUAAACCCACUGUUGUUUAUACAAUCAGUAACUUCAGAGAUUAUAUUGCUGAGACAUUGCAGCAGAAUUUUUUGCUGGGGAACUCUUCCUUGAAUCCAGAUCCUGAUUCCCUGCAGCUUAUCAAUGUGAGAGGAGUUUUGCGUCACCAAACUGAAGAUCUAGUUUGGAACACCCAAAGUUCAAGUCUUCAGGCAACGCCAUCAUCUAUUCUGGAUAAUACCUUUCAAGCUGCAUGGCCCUCAGCAGAUGAAUCCACCACCAGCAGUAUUCCACCACUUGAUUUCAGCUCUGGUCCUCCCUCAGCCACUGGCAGGGAACUCUGGUCAGAAAGUCCUUUGGGUGAUUUAGUGUCUACACACAAAUUAGCCUUUCCCUCGAAGAUGGGCCUCAGUUCUUCCCCAGAGGUUUUAGAGGUUAGCAGCUUGACUCUUCAUUCUGUCACCCCGGCAGUGCUUCAGACUGGCUUGCCUGUGGCUUCUGAGGAAAGGACUUCUGGAUCUCACUUGGUAGAAGAUGGAUUAGCCAAUGUUGAAGAGUCAGAAGAUUUUCUUUCUAUUGAUUCAUUGCCUUCAAGUUCAUUCACUCAACCUGUGCCAAAAGAAACAAUACCAUCCAUGGAAGACUCUGAUGUGUCCUUAACAUCUUCACCAUAUCUGACCUCUUCUAUACCUUUUGGCUUGGACUCCUUGACCUCCAAAGUCAAAGAUCAAUUAAAAGUGAGCCCUUUCCUGCCAGAUGCAUCCAUGGAAAAAGAGUUAAUACUUGACAGUGGUUUAGGUUCAGGAUCAGGGCAAAAAGUAGAUCUGAUUACUUGGCCAUGGAGUGAGACUUCAUCAGAGAAGAGCACUGAACCGCUGUCCAAGCCAUGGCUUGUGGAUGACGAUUCACUUUUGCCAGCUGAGAUUGAAGACAAGAAACUAGUUUUAGUUGACAAAAUGGAUUCCACAGACCAAAUUAGUAAGCACUCAAAAUAUGAACAUGAUGAUAGAUCCACACACUUCCCAGAGGAAGAGCCUCUUAGUGGGCCUGCUGUGCCCUUCUUCGCAGAUACUGCAACUGAAUCUACAUCUCUAACCCUCCCCAAGCACAUAUCAGAAGUACCUGGUGUUGAUGAUUACUCAGUUACCAAAGCACCUCUUAUACUGACAUCUGUAGCAAUCUCUGCCUCUACUGAAAUAUCAGAUCAGGCAGAUGCCAUCCUAAGGGAGGAUAUGGAACAAACUACCGAGUCAUCCAACUAUGAAUGGUUUGACAGUGAGGUUUCAAUGGUAAAGCCAGAUACGCAACCUUUGUGGACUAUAUUGCCAGAAUCAGAGAGAGUUUCGACAAGAACUUCUUCCCUAGAGAAAUUGUCCAGAGACACAUUGGCAAGUACACCACAGAGUACUGACAGACUCUGGUUGAAAGCUUCUGUGACACAGUCUACCAAAUUGCCUCCAACCACAAUCUCCACCCUGCUAGAGGAUGAAGUAAUUAUGGGUGUACAGGAUAUUUCAUUAGAACUGGACCGGAUAGGCACAGAUUACUAUCAGCCUGAGCUAGUCCAAGAGCAAAAUGGCAAGGUUGGUAGUUAUGUGGAAAUGUCUACAAGUGUUCACUCCACAGAGAUGGUUAGUGUGGCGUGGCCCACAGAAGGAGGAGAUGACUUGAGUUAUACCCAGACUUCAGGAGCUUUGGUGGUUUUCUUCAGCCUCCGAGUGACUAACAUGAUGUUUUCAGAAGAUCUGUUUAAUAAGAACUCUUUGGAGUAUAAAGCCCUGGAGCAAAGAUUCUUAGAAUUGCUGGUUCCCUAUCUCCAGUCAAAUCUCACGGGAUUCCAGAACUUAGAAAUCCUCAACUUCAGAAAUGGCAGCAUUGUGGUGAACAGCCGAAUGAAGUUUGCCAAUUCUGUCCCUCCUAAUGUCAACAAUGCGGUGUACAUGAUUCUGGAAGACUUUUGUACCGCUGCCUACAAUACCAUGAACUUGGCUAUUGAUAAAUACUCUCUUGAUGUGGAAUCAGGUGAUGAAGCCAACCCUUGCAAGUUUCAGGCCUGUAAUGAAUUUUCUGAGUGUCUGGUCAACCCCUGGAGUGGAGAAGCAAAGUGCAGAUGCUUCCCUGGAUACCUGAGUGUGGAAGAACGGCCCUGUCAGAGUCUCUGUGACCUACAGCCUGACUUCUGCUUGAACGAUGGAAAGUGUGACAUUAUGCCUGGGCACGGGGCCAUUUGUAGGUGCCGUGUGGGUGAGAACUGGUGGUACCGAGGCAAGCACUGUGAGGAAUUUGUGUCUGAGCCUGUGAUCAUAGGCAUCACUAUUGCCUCUGUGGUUGGACUUCUUGUCAUCUUUUCUGCUAUCAUCUACUUCUUCAUCAGGACUCUUCAAGCACACCAUGACAGGAGCGAAAGAGAGAGGCCCUUCAGUGGCUUCAGCAGGCAGCCUGACAGCCUCUCAUCCAUUGAGAAUGCUGUGAAGUACAACCCCGUGUAUAAAAGUCACAGGGCUGGAUGUGAGAAGUAUGAGGGACCCUAUCCUCAGCAUCCCUUCUACAGCUCUGCUAGCGGAGACAUGAUUGGUGGGCUGAGCAGAGAAGAAAUCAGACAGAUGUAUGAGAGCAGUGAGCUUUCCAGAGAGGAAAUUCAAGAGAGAAUGAGAGUUUUGGAACUGUAUGCCAAUGAUCCUGAGUUUGCAGCGUUUGUGAAAGAGCAACAAGUGGAAGAGCUUUAACCAAAACUCCUGUUCUGAAACUGAUUAGAAGCCUGGAGAAGAUGGAAAUUACUUGUCGCUUAUGUCAUACAAUUAACCUGGAUUUUGAAUACUGUUGGAAGAAGAGUUUUCUAUUAAAACAUUAAAUGUAGGGCACACUGUUUUUUUUUUUUUUCAGCUUGAGUUUUCAGAAUGUAGUAAGAGAUAUUACCAUUUUUAUUUCUAUAAAGACUGAAAGCUGUGUUUAAAGAAAUUGAAAACUACAUAACCUCUGGAAAGUAUUCUACAAGAAAAAGCUGGACUUGGGAGUUAGGGCUGCAGUUGCUGUCUGCUUCUGAAUCAUUGAGGGUGUCUCCUAAGAACUGUGCCUCGGGUUUCUCAAUAGGAAAAUAAGGUGAGACUCUUACAUGGAGAAGUCUGGCUUAGUAAGGGAAUAUUUUGGAGCAUAUUUGUUAUUGUUGGGUAGAAGUAAAACCUUUGAAGUAGUCUUAGUGGGUAGUUUAUAGUCAGGCAUUCAUCUAAAUAAAAUAUUUUCUUUCUUUUUUUUUUUUGAUCAAA